AUGUUCCUGUGAGGCAGCGUUCAGGGAAAAACAACAACUUCCUGCGUCAGUCCCGUUGUCUCCUUUUGAUGACGUCAUCCCCGUGCGCUCGGCCCUCCAUUCUGUGGCGCUUUCCGUGAGGGAUUAAGCCGUUAGAAGCCUUUGUUGCGCCCGCAGCGCGGCUCGGCUCCUGCGCUGUGACCGGGAGGAGGCGGCUGGUGCUGGGCAUGGAGGCCGCGGAGGAGAAGGCGGGCUCCAUGUCUGCGGCUCAGCUCCGGGCGGAGAAACGCAGGAGGAAACUGCUGCUCAACUCGGAGGACAGAAUGAACAGAAUCGUCGGAUACACGAAAAACGAGCCGGAUCACAGCGCAGCCGGCCUGCGACCCGCCGAGCCGCGCUUCCACCUGGACCUGGACAGGUCAGAGCCGUGGUCCUCGCCUUCGCCCAGGCCGUCUCCCUUCCUGUCGGAGGCGCCAGGCGCCCGCUCCCACACCGCCACGCCCGAGAGGCGGGGCUCCCCGCUGCCGGACUUCGGCCAGCCUCGCAGAGCGUCUCUGGAGGGCGACGUGGGCGGCCUGCGCCACAGAGCGAAGGCGGAGCGGCCGUCAGACGAGGCCGGCGGCUCGCCACGCCGAGGCCUGCACCAGUACUUGUCUCGCUUUGAUGACGCCAUGAAGCUUCGGAGCCAGCUGGCCAAUGAGAAGCCGGAGCAGGACGGCGGUUCUGACGUGGAGGAGUUCGAUCCGUUUCGGGUCUUCAGGCUCGUCGGCAGCGUCCUCCUCGCUGUUUUCGUCAGAGUUUUUGUCUGCAAGUACCUGUCAAUAUUUGCUCCAUUUCUGACCCUUGAACUCGCCUACAUGGGAUUGUCAAAAUACUUCCCAAAGGUGGAGAAGAAAACCAAAACCACAGUUCUGACGGCCGCCCUGCUGCUGUCCGGCAUCCCGGCCGAAGUCAUCAGCCGCUCCAUGGACACGUACCGCAGGAUGGGCGACGUCUUCUCUGACCUCUGCGUCUACUUCUUCACCUUCAUCAUCUCCCACGAGAUCCUGACGCUCUUCGGCUCAGAGACGCCCUGACAGAACAAAACCACACCUCCUUCU